GACAGGCCUGUGAAUGCGCAAGGCUCUCACUACAUUAUAACAGGCUCGCCGCCGCCCCAGUCGCCCAGCUCUAUUGCAGAAACACUCUCGCCCGCACGACACCGAGCGAGUACACAAACCCCAACAAAAUCACGCCCACGAACAGCAGCAGUCUGCGACCAUGUCGCUCACCACUGCCCGCUUGCAAGAAGAGCGCAAGCAAUGGCGCAAAGAUCACCCAUUCGGCUUCGUCGCUCGCCCUGUCAAGAACGGACUUGCCCUCGACUUGCAGGAGUGGGAAUGUGCUAUACCUGGCAAGGAUAAGACUAUUUGGGAGGGAGGGUUGUUCAAAUUGAAAAUGAAGUUUCCAGACGAAUACCCUACAAAGCCUCCGAAGUGUAUAUUCACGCCUGCGCUGUUCCACCCCAACGUCUACCCAUCAGGCACGGUAUGCCUGUCGAUUUUGAAUGAGGAAGAGGGCUGGAAGCCAGCGAUCACCAUCAGGGAGAUUUUGCUGGGUAUUCAGAUGCUACUGGAUGAGGUCAACCCCGACAGUCCUGCGCAGGCCGAUGCCUUCCAUCUCUUCAAGAAGGACCGAGCCCAGUACGAGAAGCGGAUUCGCCAGAUCGUAAAGGACAACCAGGCACCGUAAGAUCUCUCCUUCGAGACUGGGCUGCGCGAACUGUGGGUUACGUGAAGCUUCGACUUGCGGCGGCUCUGACUACACUCGUCAGGUAAUAGAUGCCUGUGUCAUCUUGGACGAGGCGGAAAUUGGUAUCUCUGACAGAGCCGUCACGAGCAAAAUGCUCCGAGAUCCCAGGCAGUGGCUACACUCUCCUGCUUUCCGGCGGUAUAGGCUCUGAGCAUGAGCACUUGGGAUUAGCGUUGGCGUUUUCGGGGAGGAACGGCGAGACGAAAAUUAUGGUACCACGAUUGACAUAGAACUGGCUCAACUGCCCAAGAAUCAGAAUUCAUCAACACUUUCC